AUGGCUCGAGGAAAAUGGAUUGACAAGAAGAAUGCGACACAUUUUCAACUUGUUCAUCGUCCUCAAAACGAUCCGUUAAUUCACGAUGAAUCUGCUUCGUCCAUGGUCCUAAACCCCACCAGCGCACCCAAUCCGAAUAAAGUCAAGAAACUCGAUGAUUUAACCGCCGAGCUUGGUUCAGGUAUCGCGCGUGUCAGAGAUAACGAGGGUGAAGCCGCAAACUACGGUGUUUAUUACGACGAUACCGAAUAUGAUUACAUGCAACAUAUGCGCGAUUUGGGCCGUGGAGGUGGUGAAUCAACUUUUGUCGAAGCUACGGGGCCAAAGAAUAAGAACAAGGGCAAGGGAAAACAAUCUUUGGAAGAGGCGCUCAAGAACGCAAGUUUGGAAGACAAGGCUGGUGCCGUUCUUGAUGAUGAGAUCUUACCAUCCAAGAAUCUUCGCAAGGUCACCUACCAAGCACAACAAGAUGUCCCUGAUGCUUUAGCUGGUUUCCAACCCGAUAUGGAUCCGAGAUUGAGGGAAGUUUUGGAGGCUUUAGAAGACGAGGCUUAUGUGGACGACGAUGAUGAAAUUUUUGGAAAAUUGGCAGAGGAUGGUGAGGAAUUGGAUGAAUAUGAAUUUGAUGAAACUUGGGAUGAUGAAGAUGGAUGGGAAUCGGACGCCACUGCAAAGCCUACGCAAGAAUACAAGGACGCACCUGCUACAACCCAAGAUAUCGAUGAUGAUGAGCGAGAGGAUCAUGGCGAUGGGGAUUGGAUGGCAAACUUCAGUAAAUUCAAGAAGGAUCAAAAGUCUAGUAAGGCUCAAGCUACGCCUUCACAAGCAGAUUUACAGUCAUCUAUAUUUACUACCACAACAAAUGGCGGAAGACGCAAGAAGAGAAAGGGUGCUUUGACUAAUCCUUCCGCAUACUCCAUGACAUCGUCCUCACUAUUCAGAACUGAAGGUCUUACUACACUUGAUCAACGAUUUGAGAAGAUUGAGGAACAGUAUAACGAGGACUUCGAUGACAUGGCGUCCGUCUCGAUGGCUUCGUCUUCCGUUUCCACUGUAGAAGGUGAUGUUCGUCAAGACUUUGAUGGCAUUCUGGAUGAUUUCCUGGGCACUCAUUCCAUGAGUGGUAAAAAGAACGUCAAGAAGAUGAAAUACCAAACUGGUAUGGAGCAAUUGGAUGAGGUCAGAAUGGGUCUUGGUCCAGCACGCUUCACCAGCUUCGGUAGUCGCGCCAGUCGCGCCAAUCGUUCGCAAAGGGCGUAA